AUGGGAGUAAUUAGCGCACUCGUUUAUCUUCACGAGGGUACGGACGAGCACGUGUAUUCUGUACACGGAGAUAUUAAGCUAGAAAACAUUCUUCUCGAUGCUAACUUCAAUGCCAAGGUGUCAGACUUCAGCUUCGCAAAAUUUUCAGCUUUUGAUGAUUCGUCUUUUGGGAAUGUUAAUAGUUUAUUCAUUUUCAUCUGCUGUGGCAGUGACACUCACGGUCACGUUGCUCCGGAAUACAUAUCUAGCAAGCAUCUGAGUUACAAAGUGGACAUCUACAGCUUUGGAAUUCUUGUGUUACGACUUGUAUCUGGUAAGCGUACGCCUGAUUUGACAGAUGACGACGACGACAGGAACUUUGUGACACGGUCAUGGAGGUUAUACAAAGAAGACCGUCUUGAUGAGCUGAUACAUCCUGAAUUACUGGAUUGUGAAGGUUUUGAGUUGAGCAGUAUAAUAAGAAGCAUCAAAAUAGCUCUGUGGUGCGUGCUAAGAGAUCCUUUUUUGCGGACAACAACGUCGCGCGUGUCAAGAAUGCUUUCCACAGAAGAGGAGAUUCCUCAACUACCAGAUGAUAGUAUAUCAAUGGAACCACAUCGCUUAGAGCAAAAGGGUCGCCAAUCUGAGGUGGAGAUUGAAGAAAUAGAAGAAGUUCGUGCUUAA